AUGUCACAAGGCAAUGUGGCCGGGCACGAUGGUGCCGGAGGCAACACAAAGCUCGCAUGUUGCAAGGCAUUGUGGCUAGGCAGGUGGGUGCUGAAGGCAUGUUUCACGCCGGUUGAUGGCUGGGUGCCGAAUAAUGGCGGGGUGCUGAAGGCAUCGCUUGCGCCGAUUGAUGGCUAG